CUGGAGGCGCUGGAACAGGCCCUAUAUAGGGCCAAGAAGGGCCUUGGUUGUAUGUUGUUGUAGGUGAUUGAAUUGCGCGAAGGAUGGCGCCAAUAAAAUGAAUUUCUUAUUCAUAUUUUUAACUAAGAAGUAGCUCUGAAAUGGACCGUCCUCGGCCACCAAAGAGACCAAAGGUUCUGCAGCUAAAUGCCCGCUGCGAGCGCCACCGUCGGGAGCGGAUCGCUGCCGGGUUCGCCCGACUGUAUCGCUGCCUGCCGUCCUAUGACCCGGAGGCACCGCUGCCGUCCAAGCAGGCACUGCUGCUGCAGGCGGCCGAGCAGCUGGCGGCGCUGCGGGGCUCGGUGGACCGGGAACAGGACACUCGCCCGCCGGCGGGCUCAGAGGCGGCUCGUCGUCUGGCUGACCUGGAGCGUCAGGUGGCCGCUCUGAAGGUGCGCAACAGUGAGCUCAGCUACCACGUGCUCAAGGCCCGCGGCGGCGGUGCCGGCGGCCGCUCUCGCAGCUCUCGUCGUCGCCUGCCGACUCCCGGUCCCGGGACCUCCGGGGCUCCCGCUGCUGUAGCUGCCAGAGAUGCUGUCAGCGAUACCGCUGCCAGUGACGGAUCAGAUGCGGACUGUCCACGCUCGGAUGCUGGAGAGUCUGAACCUGGGCCAUCGGGACGGAGCAGCACCGAGUUCACUGCCAGUCCAACCAGACCUGUCAGUACUAGCUCUGCAAGUGGCCUUGGCAGUGACAGCACAGUGCAGUUAGUUAGCGCCACUCCCGGGCUGGUGUCUGCAUCAGUCACUGGUGUGGAUCUUGGCUACCUACCCCGGCCGAUGCCAGCCACACAGCAGGUCUUGGCCGGACAGCUGAUGUCCCUGCCGCUACCUGUGCAGGCGUCAGCGCAGUCGCUGCUGCAGUCGUCCCUGCAGCCGGUGACGCUGGUGCAGUCGGCUGCAGCGGCCGGCUGCACCCAGCUGCUUGUGCUCGCCGUAGCUGCUGCGCCGGUCAGCCGACCCCCACCCCGCCUGGCACCGAGACCGACGCCCGCGCCGCCUUCGGCCUCAGUCCGCAGCGUGGGUAGCUUGGCGUUACGUGCGGCGACGUGCCAUGGGCCAGGGAUUGUGUGUCCAACAAGCUGUGGGGGAAUGGAAGCUCAGUCUCGGCCAACAACUGUGGUGCUCACCAGUGUCACCGGCUCGGCUUGCCCUUCACAUGUCGGGGCUUCGGCUUCUGCAGGUGCUGAUGCCACUGUUACUGUCAGUAGACCGGGUGUUUCGGCUGAUUCUAUCCGUCCAACUGCUCUGUGUGAAUCCGGCGGACCGUCAUCCAUUUUGGGUGAUCCAGAACAGACAACCGAGCUGCCGACCCGCCUGGCUAACGAGUCUACAACAGAGAUGCCCAGCUCGCCACCUACCUACGUGGAAGCUCAGCAAGCCGACUCGCCUCCGCCGCCAUCGGACCUUCCAUCGCUGCCACAUGUUACACACCCUCAGCAAUCCACCUCGUCGUCACAACCAACCAUCUCACCUCCACGUCGGCAAGGUUCAUCAUCACAAGGAUCAGUUUCGGGCACAACCGCACGAGCGUCCGACUCAUCCCGCGCGGCAACAGCCCCAAAUGAGAAUCGCGCAGUAUCUGCACUCGCAUCUGGUCCUAGACAGAGAGUCGCUUUCUUCUGGGGAAAGGGACCUGUUGCACCGAUCCGGCCACGCCAACACAAGGUCCGAUUCCUGAAACGUGGUCUUCUGAACGGCCAACAACACCGACCGAAAGAUUCAAGUGCCUCAAGUUCUUCAUUGGCUGGUCGAAAGCGUCGCAAUUCGGGAACCGUUAUUGAGCGUACAUCAGUGGUAGCUACAGAGGUGGAUGGAAAUGAGACAUGCUGUCCGAGCGUGUCACAGCUCUACCCGAACGCUGUCUUCUCCAGGACAGAGUCAAUGACAGACAUGGUCACAGUGACUGAGAAAUUGGGAAGAAGUGCAGGCCCACCCACUUCAGAAAGCGGUCAAGCAUGUAUCCAGACAACUGAUGUCGUGACAACUGCUUCUACUGCUUCUUCUCUUCUCAGCUCCAAAGUGACUUCACCGAGAGAGACUGAACCUCACGGAGUGUCAUCCUCGAUACGACCAGCAAGCACAGUCACAUCAGCUGAGAACGGAGAUGCUGUCACUCCCACGCCGAACGUCACAGUGUCUUCAUCUGCACCUGCUGAUACUGGCGACAGACUGACAAGUUUGAACGCUACCGACUCCAGUCAGCCUUCUUCAGAGGCAUGUGUGAGUACAUUGAAGUCAUCUGUUGCUAGUGACAGUACAAGCCAUACAGUAGCAAAACUGCCGUCGGCUUCUGCAAAGCUUCCCAGUCGGCAUUCAACCUCGCAAGUGGAUGCGGUAAGACAUCAAUGUCCCUCCACAAACUCAAAAGCAUGCAUUUCUAACGCUCAUGCAACAAGCGGUGACAAGUCUGCGCUUCCACCAGUGACUGCAUCCACCUCCAGCUUUGCAAUUCCAAGUAUUGGAACGGGAACACAGCAUCAGUCAAUGACGUGGUCAUUGACUUCGCGAGAUGAUACGGCAGCUCCGUCGGCGGUCGACGAAGUGACCAAAGCAAAAGAUGCGGUCAGCUACACCCAGCCUUUAGUAAAGGCAUUUGUCAGCGACUCAGAACAACCGUCCAGUCGCACAUCUACCAGACUAGAAGCUCAAACUGAGAGGUCGACAGCUGGAAGUCGAAACACUUGGCGUAGAACGCUCAGUGAGCCAGUGAGCACAGCUGCAUCUUCCAAUGUAGUUACAUCAGCGAGUUAUGCCGUCCUUCCGAUCGUUACGCCCGAAACUUCAACUGCUAAUGCUGUGGAGGUUGUGCUCUCGAAGUCCUACAGACCUGUAGAAGUGAUCUCAUCCUCAACUACGUCCGACGGCCGACGAGCAGUUCCUGAGCCUCCCGUAGCAAGUGGGGUGACAUCCAAGUAUCUUACUACCUUGUAUGAGCCAUCGUCUUUGUUGACUGCUCCAGCCAUGUCCCGAACGGCAACUACAUCUCAUACUUCUGUGUGCACUGAUUCACGGCCAUUGCCGAUGUCAGGGAAUCUCACUAUGCUGCAAAAGUCAACUCACCUGCCUCCAUACUAUGUACCUCACACAGCUCCAUCAUUGAACACCUCGCAGAUGUCGGAGGAUGCGCGAACUGCUGGUCGCCGACCAACAUCGGGCAAUAUUGUGCUGGGUGCAGCUACGUCCGAAAUCCAGCAGAUUCCAUCAACGGAAUCUCUAGCGGUUAGCGUGUCACUGUCAGUAGUGCCUGCGAGCUGCCAACCUUGCACACCCGCGCAGUCGCCAACUGGGCUGUCGUCCAUCUACACACUAGCGGGCACACCGCGUCGCAGUGCCUCUCUCUUCUGCAUCGAUGUUCUCUGUUCGAAGGAGUCGGCCGAACUCAGCGCACCACCGUCCAUACCGGCACCGACCAAGCUCAGCGUGGCUGUGACGCCUUCAGUGACCCUUGAUGCAACACAGGUCACUGAACUUCAGUCAGUGUCACGCUCCACCGAGGUUAUCACCGCUGCUUCGCCCUCUGUCGAUAAGGUGUCGACGGUGAUGUCAUCCGUGUCGCGGUCGACAGCAGUUGGUGCGUUCAUCGGAACGUCGAUAGCUUCCACCGGGGCAGCCCACGUUACAUCCCCGACUCCAAUGAACGUUGCUGCGUCUUUCAAAAGCACAACGCCUGGACCUGCAUUGUCUACAGCGCCAGUGAUCCCGAGUUCAUCGAGCACUUCUUCGACGAUAAAGGCAACGGUGAACCCAGUUUCUACCGCCUCUGUAGUGCAAGCGACUAUCUCAGGAAGUCAGCGGAACGGUCCAUUCUUUCAUGAGUCCACAGCUGUCUCCGUCACCUCCCAAACAAGCGCUGGACCACACCACAGUAUGCGUGGCCCUGCAGUGACUAGUGGUGUGCGCUCCACUGUGGGUCCCACUAGUGCAGGACAGACGCGGUAUAGCGCUUCAUCGAUGAUAAUGACGGAUAGCGCCAUGCCAGUCGCUACCACGACCCAAGACCUGGUUGCCGUACCAGCUACUGUCUUUACUCCAGUCUCGUCCGCUGCUUCAGUGACCGUGCCGGUCACUGUUGAGUCGUUACCGACCUCUGCUGCGGUUAGCUCAGUUGCUGGUAGAUACGCUCCACUGGUGUCAAGCGGAACUGCUUUAGGAACUACCGAGACGCACCAACAACUUGGAACUACUGCUGCCCCCGGUCCUGCGCCUGGUCGCCGACCUAGCUGCGAGAGACUAGAUCCUCUUCCUGUCACUUCACAACAUCAACCAGUGCCUCCAGCAAGACUACCAUACACAGCUGGUCCACCCCAUAAGAGCGUGUACGACUCGCGGCCACCCCCGCCAAGGGAGGAAUCGACUCGUCGAGGCGCUUCACCAGGCCAGGCAGGGCCGCGUGCCAAGAGUCCCCAUGCUGCGCUUCCGGUGCCUCCGCCGCCUUCCAAAAGACCUGCGUUUGGCUAUGGAGAUGGCGUCAGCGCUCGGUCGCCCGCAGCGUACGAGGCAACAAUGGUACCAAUGCCCUCGGUUGACAUGAGCGGAGCGCCGCAGCGGUUUGCGGUCCGGGGAUGCCAGCCACCGGUCCCAGGUCCUGUGCCAGCUCCGCAGCUGCAGUACCAGCCUUCGUUUGGUCACGAGUUUUCGGGGCCAGGUCCGCGGCAGGUGAACAUGCCCCACCACGUUCCCCUACAAGGCAAACCGAUGCCGGACGCGGCAAAACAGGCAGCAUAUCCGGCACCCGGACGAAUGAUGUAUGGUAUGCAGAGUCGCGCACCAGCGUACUACCACUGCACAUCGCAGGUGCCCAACCAAACGUUCUACGCUUCCCAGACAAUGUACGAGCCGCAGUACCAGCCGGAGCAGGGGUACUGGUACGGCGCGCCGCAGCAGCCGCCACCGCCUCCCCCACCCCCGCCACCACCUCCUCACAAGAUGGUGCCGGCACGACCCCAGCAACAGAUGCCGCCUCCGCCGCCGGCAGCUGCACCCCAGUACCCGAUCCCGCCCUUCUACCAGCGUCCUUUCGAGCCGCAGUAUUCGGCAAAGCCGGGAUACUACAAGGUGCCGCAGCAGAAGGCAAACGAUACGGUUCCUCAGGUACUUCUACCAGCAGAGACGCAGCGACAACAGCAGCGACGCAGGCUGGAAGAUCGCGGGGCGCAACAGCAGUCUCAACAACAGACUCAGCAACAGCCACCGCCUCCAGCACAGCAACAGCAGCAGGCUCCACCUCCACCGCCUCCUCAGCAGCAACAGCCACAGUCUCAACAAACUCAACAGCAGCAGCAGCGUCCUGUUGCCAACGAGGAUAUCAGUCAGACGUUCACAUCGGCUUCGGUGAUGCAACGGCCGCUGACUUCGCAGCAGGCCACGCAGCAGCAGCAGCAACAGCAGCAGCUGCACUCUCAGCAGUCGCUGCAGACCGACCCUCAGCACCAGCAGCAGCAACAGCAACAACAGCAGCAGCAACAGCAGCAGCGCGGCAGGCAGCAACCGGUGUCUGGAAGCCAGUCUCUGUUCUCCGUUCACCAUCUGGUCAGUCAAGAGCGGAAAGAUGAACGGAAAGAACGUCGCAAACCGGAGAAGAAAGGAGCUGGUCGCAGCACUGCCCGCAAGACCAAGUCGAGCUACUCUGCGGAAGCUUUGCUAGCUCCUCCGAUCGCGGCGGAGCCACCGCCAGUCGCGGACAGGCCUUCGGAUGAGCUAGCAGAGCUGUGUCAAAUGGGAGUGUACAGUCCUCAGUAUUUGCCUCCUCAGAGCAGCACUUGGGGGCACCGUGGCGGGCUGGGCUCCGCGCCUCCACCGCCGCCUCCGCCGUCAGCCGCCGCUGCCGUCCAGGCAGGGUACCCUCUGCCGCCAGCCUCCGAGCUCAGACAAGCCAGGAAAGAUCGGUCUCCGACCAAAGCCGCGCUGGAGGCACGGAAGCUGGACGACAUCCUUCUAUCAUCAUCGUUCUUCGACUGUCCGAACACGCUCUUCCCGGCGGCGACGUACACCCCGCCAGUGGAUGACUCCAACUUCCUGGGGGCGAUCUUCAGCCGCGCCGAGCCGCCGCCGCCUCCUCCGCCGUCCUCGGCAAUGGCUGCGCGGGACGGUCGCCACAGGGGCGACGAACGGUCCGCGCCGGCCGAGCCGGAGACACCGCGCGGCCAGUGCGAGCUGUGGAUGCCGGCCAACGUCAGCACACUGACCAGCUUCAACCUCAGCAACCUGCUGCCCGAGAUCGGCAACAAGGUGAGCUCCCCGGCGUACCCUGCCGGCCUGAGUAGCUCGGUGGCCGGUCCGCCGGGGCCGCGGCCUCCCACCCUGAUGGGCUCUGACACGCGCAACCUCACUACCCCGGAGAUGCCGGGCGUCAACCACCACCUGCAGCUGCCGCCAGCGCCCAGCGCCCAGGUGAGCCUGGGCGCGCCACUGCCACCUUUCUCGUCUGCCGCCUCGCUGGGCUCCGUGGCCACUCUCAGCAUGACCAGCCAUCAGUGAAAGAAGUGACGAAUGUGAAGUUUUUAACGGAGGCGUCAACGAGCCCAGGACACGACCAGGCAUGGUACAGAGCUCAAAUGAUGUCUCCUUUAGGGUACGUCUUGUGUACUUGUAGACUUAAUAAGACGUCCAGGUUCCACUUUCAGUCGCCUUGAAUUUACUUUUUGUAUUCAAGUUGUAUCCUCAUUUACGUCAGAUGACUGAUUACUGGUUUUACACUGUGAAACAGGGUUGAAAUCGAAUCGUGAAAUCAUGAUCAAUCGAAAACACCGUAAAGCCUGAAACAGACUCCGCGGUCAGGAAAUCGCAUGCGAGUGAUCCUAU